CAAAUCAACUAGUGAGUUGAAACUAAUGCAGAGAAAAAUUGUUUUUAGCUAAAAUGGCAAAACACCAAAGUUUUUUCAUUUUUUUUAUUACAUUUGUUGUUAUUUUUUUAGUAGAAACAUAUGAAAGUAAAAUGGUUGAAGAAAAUUUGGCUGCCCAAGGAUGGAUAAAUGCUCGUGCUACAUUUUAUGGUGACAAUAACGGUGGUGGAACUAUGCAGGGAGCUUGUGGUUAUGGAGACUUGUUUAAGCAAGGGUAUGGCCUUGAAACUGCGGCACUAAGCACAGCACUGUUUAACAAAGGAUCUACCUGUGGAGCUUGCUUUCAAAUAAUGUGUGUGAAUGGUCCUAAUAAUGCAUGCCAUUCAGGCCAAGUCAUAACUGUAACUGCCACCAAUUUAUGCCCUCCAGAUUCAAAAAAAACUAGUCAAAGUUGGUGCAAUCCUCCACAACAACACUUUGAUCUUACAAUGCCUAUGUUUACAAAGAUUGCAGAGUACAAAGCAGGGGUUGUACCAGUCGUUUAUAGAAGAGUUACUUGCCAGAAAAAAGGAGGUCUUAAGUUCGACAUCAAAGGGAAUUCAAAUUUGAUUAUUGUUCUUGUUUUCAACGUGGGAGGUGUUGGAGAUGUUGUUAAUGUUAAGAUCAAAGGAUCUAAGACGGGAUGGGUGCCAAUGAAGCGGAAUUGGGGACAAAAUUGGCAGACUCCUGUGCAGUUGGGAGGACAAAGCUUGUCUUUUCAAGUACAAACUAGCGAUGGCAAAUUGGUUCAAUCUGAUAAUGUUGCUCCUGCUAACUGGCAAUUUGGUCAGACAUUUGAAGCAAAGAAUAAUUUUUAGGGAUUAUGUAUUUUCGAAAAUCAGUAAUUUUUAAUCACUCUAGUUUAUGAUCUAUUCUUUUUUUAUUUUUUAUUUUUAGAUAUUUAAUAAGCAAUUAUAAGUUAUGAUGUUUUGGUUUACUUCCUCUACAAAUAAUCUGAUUAUGUUAAAUUCACAAUUAAUUACAUU